GAAAGACCCUCUUUUUGGCUUGCUCCCCGCCAUUAUGGGCGCUAUUUGGCUGGCCCGGUUCUUCCUGGGAUGUACGUCUCUCGCCUUCUACCAGGACUUUGCCUCCGGCCAGCAGGACGGAGGGGACUUUCAGGCCGACCGGUUUGCGAGCUACGAAAACAAGCAACCCGCCAGCAGGGUGAGGCGGAGAGGCCAUGACACUUUGCGAGGGCCCAACGUCUGCGGAUCACGAUUCCACUCGUAUUGCUGUCCCGGGUGGAAGACGCUCCCUGGUGGAAACCAGUGCAUUGUCCCAAUUUGCCGGAGCUCUUGCGGUGACGGAUUUUGUUCGCGGCCAAACAUGUGUACCUGCUCCAACGGGCAAUUGUCCCCCAACUGCGGCUCCGGAGGAAUUCAAUCCUGCAAUGUGAGGUGUAUGAACGGCGGAAGUUGCAAUGAAGAAGCCUGUCUUUGCCAGAAGGGAUACACGGGGACCUAUUGCGGCCAGCCUGUCUGCGAAAGCGGCUGCCAAAACGGAGGACGAUGCAUCGGACCAAAUCGUUGUGCCUGUGUUUACGGCUUCACAGGGCCUCAGUGCGAGAGAGAUUACCGCACGGGGCCCUGCUUCAGCCAAGUCAGCAACCAGAUGUGCCAGGGGCAGCUCAGCGGCAUCGUUUGCACCAAGACCAUGUGUUGUGCCACCAUCGGCAGGGCUUGGGGCCACCCGUGCGAGAUGUGCCCGGCCCAGCCGCACCCGUGCCGUCGCGGCUUCAUCCCCAACAUUCGAACCGGAGCCUGCCAAGAUGUGGACGAAUGCCAGGCCAUCCCCGGCCUGUGCCAAGGCGGCAAUUGCCUCAACACCGUGGGCUCCUACGAGUGCAAGUGCCCGGCGGGCCACAAACAGAGCGAGACGAGCCACAAAUGCGAAGAUAUGGACGAGUGCAGCAGCAUCUCCGGCAUUUGUGAUGGUGGCGAGUGUACCAACACGGCAGGCAGCUACGUUUGUGCCUGCCCCCGGGGAUUUAUGACCAGUCCGGACGGGUCCCGUUGUGUGGACCAGCGGAUCGGCACCUGCUUCUCGGCACUGAUCGGCGGGCGUUGUGCAGGGGAAUUGCCCGGCCAGUACACCAAGAUGCAGUGUUGCUGUGACUCUGGUCGUUGCUGGGCCAUCGGGCAGACCCCAGAGAUGUGUCCUGUGAGGGGAUCCGACGAGUACCGCAGGCUGUGUAUCGACGGCCUCCCCGUGGUUCCGGGCUUCCCCAGUACUUUCCCUGGGAUUCCGAGCUUCGGGCCCAAUGGCGUGGGGCCAGGCAUCAGCGGCCCUGGCAACUUCGGGCCCAAUGGCGCCAACGGGCAAGGCGGAAUCCCCGGACUCCCUGGCAUGGGACCUGGGAGCUCCAGCAUCGGAACAGCCACCCUGAACCAGACAAUUGACAUCUGCAAGCAUUUCACCAACCUUUGCUUGAACGGGCGCUGCAUUCCUACACCCUCCAGCUACCGCUGCGAGUGCAACAUGGGCUACAAGCAAGACGUGCGGGGCGAGUGCAUUGAUAUGGAUGAGUGUUCCAGCAGCCCCUGCCUCCACGGCGACUGUGUGAACACCCCCGGGUCGUACCACUGCAAGUGUCAUGAGGGGUUCCAGAGCACGCCCACGAAACAGGCUUGCAUUGAUAUCGACGAAUGUAUCAUGAACGGAUUGAUGUGCCGGAACGGACGUUGCGUGAACACCGACGGGAGCUUCCAAUGCAUCUGCAAUGCUGGCUUCGAAAUCACCCCUGAUGGGAAAAACUGUGCUGAUCACGACGAGUGCGCCACCACCAACAUGUGCCUGAACGGGAUGUGCAUCAACGAGGAUGGGAGCUUCAAAUGCAUUUGCAAACUGGGGUUCGUGCUGGCCCCCAACGGGCGGUACUGUGUGGACAUUGACGAGUGCGAAACCCCCGGGAUUUGCAUGAACGGAUGGUGCAUCAACACGGAAGGCUCGUUCCGCUGCGAGUGCCUGGGAGGCCUGGCCAUUGGCGUGGACGGGCGGGUCUGUGUGGACACCCACGUCCGCAGCACCUGCUAUGGGGGCAUCAAGAAAGGCACAUGCGCCCGGCCCUUCCCCGGGGCCGUCACCAAGUCCGAGUGCUGCUGUGCCAACCCAGACCACGGGUUCGGAGAGCCGUGCCAACCUUGCCCAGCCAAGAACUCGGCUGAAUUUCAAGCCCUGUGCAGCAGCGGCAUUGGCAUCACGGCCGACGGGAGAGAUAUCAACGAGUGCGCCUUGAACCCUGACAUCUGUCCCAACGGCAUGUGUGAGAACCUUCGGGGAAGCUACCGCUGCAUCUGUAAUUUGGGCUACGAGUCAGACCCCACCGGCAAGAACUGUGUGGAUGUCGACGAAUGUGCUGUCAACCGCUUGCUGUGUGACAACGGCUUGUGCCGCAACACGCCCGGAAGCUACAGCUGCAGUUGCCCCAAGGGGUUUGUCUUCCGGACCGAGACGGACACUUGUGAAGAUAUCAACGAGUGCACCUCCAACCCUUGUGUGAAUGGCGUCUGCAGGAAUAAUGCCGGUUCUUUCGCCUGCGAGUGCUCUCCGGGAAGCAAGCUGGAUUCUAGCGGCACCAUCUGCGUCGACAGCAUGAAGGGGACCUGUUGGCUGAACAUCCAGGACGGCCGUUGCGAGGUCAACAUCAACGGGGCCACGCUGAAGUCCGAGUGCUGCGCUACUCUCGGGGCCGCUUGGGGCAGCCCGUGCGAACGCUGCGAGAUCGAUACCGCCUGUCCAAGGGGCUACGCCAGGAUGAAAGGUGUCUCUUGUGAAGAUGUGAACGAGUGCGAGGUGUUCCCGGGGGUUUGCCCCAACGGCCACUGCGUGAACACGGUGGGCUCUUUCCGAUGCGAGUGCCCGGAAGGUUUGACGCUGGACAGCUCGGGCAGGACGUGCGUGGACGUGCGCUUGGAGCAGUGCUACAUGAAAUGGGCCGAGGACGAAUGCACGGUGCCCCUCCCCAGCAAGUACCGCAUCGAUCUUUGCUGCUGUUCCGUCGGAUCGGCGUGGGGAAGCGACUGCGAUGAGUGCCCGAAGCCCGGCUCAGCUGAAUACAAAGCCAUCUGCCCGAGGGGCCCCGGCUUUGCUAACCGAGGAGACGUCUUAUCCGGACGGCCUUUUUAUAAAGAUGUGAACGAGUGUAAGGUUUUCUCCGGGCUCUGCACUCACGGCACUUGCCGUAACACCAUUGGGAGCUUCCGGUGUCUCUGCGGUAGUGGCUUCGCUCUGGAUGCUGAGGAGAGAAACUGCACAGAUAUUGACGAGUGCCGGAUUUCACCAGACCUGUGUGGCCACGGCACAUGCGUCAACACCCCUGGCAGCUUCGAGUGCGAAUGUUUUGAGGGCUACGAAAGCGGAUUCAUGAUGAUGAAGAACUGCAUGGACAUCGACGAAUGCGAGAGGGAACCUUUGUUGUGCCGAGGAGGGGUCUGCAUCAACACAGAGGGCAGCUUUGAGUGCCUUUGCCCCCCGGGGCAUGAACUCACUGCGGAGGGCAACGCCUGUGUGGAUAUCAACGAAUGCUCCCUUAGCGAUAAUUUGUGCCGGAACGGCCGCUGCGUCAACGUGAUCGGGACUUACCAGUGCGCGUGUGAUUCCGGGUUCCAGGCCACCCCAGAUCGCCAAGGCUGUGUCGAUAUCGAUGAGUGCACGAUCAUGAACGGCGGCUGUGAUACGCACUGCGCCAAUUCAGAGGGCAGCUACCAGUGCAGCUGCAGCGAAGGCUAUGCGCUGAUGCCGGACAAGCGCUCCUGCACAGAUAUAGACGAAUGCGAGGAAAACCCGGAGAUCUGUGACGGCGGCCAGUGCACCAACAUCCCCGGGGAAUAUCGGUGCCUCUGCUUUGAUGGCUUCAUGGCCUCCUUGGACAUGAAGACGUGCAUCGAUGUGAACGAGUGUGACUUGAACCCGAACAUUUGCCUGCACGGGGAGUGCGAGAACACCAAGGGCUCCUUCAUCUGUCACUGCCAGCUUGGCUAUUUCGUUAAGAAAGGCACGACCGGGUGUACAGACAUUGACGAGUGUGAGAUCGGAGCCCACAACUGCGACAUGCACGCCUCGUGUAUCAACAUCCCGGGGAGUUUCAGGUGCAAGUGCCGGACGGGUUGGCUUGGAGAUGGGCUGAAAUGUAACGACCUGGAUGAAUGCGCCACGGAAGCACACAGCUGCAACCUGAACGCCAACUGCCUGAACACCCCAGGCUCGUACCGCUGUGCCUGCCGGGAGGGCUUCAACGGAGACGGCUUCUCCUGCUCUGAUGUGGACGAAUGCGCCGACAACGUCAAUCUCUGCGAAAACGGGCAGUGCCUCAACGCCCCCGGUGGCUACCGGUGUGAAUGCGAAAUGGGCUUCAACCCCACUGAGGACAGCAAAGCAUGCCAAGACAUCGACGAGUGCACCUUCCAAAACAUCUGUGUGUUUGGCACCUGCCAAAACCUGCCCGGCAUGUUCCGCUGUGCCUGUGAUGACGGUUACGAGUUGGACAGGAGUGGAGGCAACUGUACAGACAUCAACGAAUGCGCCGAUCCGGUGAACUGCAUCAAUGGACUUUGUGUCAAUACUCCGGGCAGUUACCUCUGCAACUGCCCCCAGGAUUUCGAGCUGAACCCCACUGGAGUGGGGUGUGUAGACACCCGUGUUGGGAAUUGCUUCCUGGAUACGCAGGACCGAGGUGAUGGCGGGAUCUCCUGCAGUGCAGAGAUCGGGGUGGGCGUCACCCGGGCGUCGUGUUGCUGUUCUCUGGGCCGGGCCUGGGGGAACCCUUGUGAGCUUUGCCCACCAGCCAACACCACUGAAUACAAGACCCUGUGUCCCGGCGGGGAAGGGUUCCGGCCCAAUCCCAUCACGGUCAUUUUGGAAGACAUUGAUGAAUGUCAAGAGCUACCCGGCCUCUGUCAAGGCGGCAACUGCGUCAAUACCUUCGGGAGCUUCCAGUGUGAAUGCCCCCUGGGCUACUACCUCAAUGAAGACACACGCAUUUGUGAAGACAUUGACGAGUGUUCGGCCCAUAUCGGGAUCUGCGGUCCAGGAACUUGCUACAACACAUUAGGGAACUACACCUGUGUUUGCCCGCCAGAAUACAUGCAAGUCAAUGGUGGAAACAACUGUAUGGACAUGAGGAAGAGCCUUUGCUAUCGGAACUACAAUGACACGUGUGAAAAUGAGCUGUCUUUCAACAUGACCAAGAAGAUGUGUUGCUGUUCCUAUAACAUCGGCAAAGCCUGGAAUAAGCCAUGUGAACCUUGCCCCACGCCUGCCAGCUCUGAGUACCAGAUCCUCUGUGGCAACCAGGCGCCCGGAUUCAUCAUCGACAUCCACACUGGGAAACCCAUUGACAUUGACGAGUGCAGCGAGAUCCCGGCCAUCUGCACCAACGGAGUUUGCAUCAACCAGAUUGGCAGUUUCCGUUGUGAAUGCCCCAUCGGCUUCAGCUACAACAACAUCCUGUUGAUCUGCGAAGACAUUGACGAAUGCAGCAGUGGAGAGAGCCUUUGCCAGCAUAACGCCGAUUGCCUGAAUAUCCCGGGCAGUUACCGGUGCGAAUGUUCUGCCGGAUACAAGCUGUCACCUAGCGGAUCCUGUGUCGGCCGCAAUGAAUGCCAGGAAAUCCCGAAUGUCUGUAGCCACGGCGACUGCGUGGACACGGAAGGCAGCUACCUCUGCCUCUGCUUCAACGGGUUCAAGGCCACCGGAGACCUGACGAUGUGCAUGGACAUAGACGAGUGCGACCGGCAACCCUGCGGGAACGGGACGUGUAAAAACACCGUGGGAUCCUACAACUGCCUUUGCUUCCCUGGCUUUGAGCUGACCCACAACAAUGACUGCAUGGACAUCGACGAGUGCUCCUCCCUGGCGGGACAGGUUUGCCGCAACGGGCAGUGCAUCAACAACGUUGGCUCCUUCCGGUGCCUCUGCCAAGAAGGCUACGACCACACGCCGGACGGCAAGAAUUGUGUCGACAUCAACGAAUGCGUCAGCCUGCCGGGGACGUGUUCUCCAGGGACCUGCCAGAACUUGGAAGGCUCUUUCCGUUGCAUCUGCCCGCCUGGCUACGAGGUGCAGAACGACAAUUGCAUCGACAUCAACGAAUGCGAGGAGGAACCCAACAUCUGCCUCUUCGGGACCUGCACCAACACGCCCGGAACGUUCCAAUGCAUCUGCCCGCCUGGAUUCGUCCUCUCUGACAACGGACGCCGCUGCUUUGACACCCGCCAGAGCUUUUGUUUCACCCGCUUCGACAACGGCAAGUGCUCCGUCCCCAAAGCGUUCAACACCACCAAGGCCCGGUGCUGCUGCAGCAAGAUGGCAGGAGAAGGCUGGGGAGACCCGUGCGAGCUGUGUCCGCAGGAGGGCAAUGUGGCUUUCCAGGAACUGUGCCCCUACGGUCAUGGUGCUAUUCCUGGACUGGGAGACACCAGAGAAGACGUUAACGAAUGCUCGGAAAAUCCGGGCAUUUGCAUCAACGGCGCGUGCAUUAAUACGGACGGGUCGUUUCGUUGCGAGUGCCCCUUCGGGUACAAUCUGGACUACACAGGCGUGAAUUGUGUGGACACAGACGAAUGCUCCAUCGGGAACCCGUGCGGCAACGGCACCUGCACUAACGUGGUCGGGGGCUUUGAAUGUGCCUGCGACGAGGGAUUCGAACCAGGACCGAUGAUGACGUGUGAAGAUAUCAACGAGUGUGCCUUGAACCCGCUGCUCUGUGCCUUCCGUUGCAUCAACACCCUCGGCUCCUACGAUUGUACCUGCCCGUCCGGCUACACCCUGCGGGACGACCAGAGGAUGUGCAAAGAUUUGGACGAAUGCUCAGAGGGAAUGCACGACUGCGAAUCUCACGGGAUGAUGUGCAAAAACCUCAUUGGCACAUUCGCUUGUAUCUGCCCCCCUGGGAUGCAACGCCGGCCCGACGGCGAAGGCUGCACAGAUGAGAACGAAUGCCGCACGAAGCCAGGGAUCUGCCCCAACGGGCGCUGCGUGAACACCGUGGGCAGCUACCACUGUGACUGCAAUGAAGGCUUCCAGAGCAGCCCUUCUGGCACCGAGUGUCUUGACACCCGCCAAGGGUUCUGCUUCACCGAGGUCCUCCAGACCAUGUGUCAGAUGUCAUCCACCAACCGCCACCAGGUCACCAAAUCAGAGUGCUGCUGCGACGGGGGGCGGGGCUGGGGCCCCCAGUGCGAACUCUGCCCUUUCCCCGGCACCACCCACUACAAGAAGAUGUGCCCCCACGGGCCGGGAUACAUGACGGACGGGAGAGAUAUUGAUGAAUGCAAAGUGCUGCCUAACCUGUGUAGAAACGGCCAAUGUAUCAAUACCAUGGGCUCCUUCCGCUGCCACUGCCGUCUGGGCUAUACCACCGACAUCACCAGCACGGCAUGCCAGGACCUGGACGAAUGCAACCAGUCUCCCAAACCCUGCAAUUUCAUUUGUAAGAACACCGAAGGCAGUUUCCAGUGUUCGUGCCCUCGGGGCUACAUCCUGCAAGAGGACGGCAAGACCUGCAAAGACCUGGACGAGUGCUCCACCAAACAGCACAAUUGCCAAUUCCUGUGUGUGAACGUCAUCGGCGGCUUCAAUUGCAAGUGCCCCCCUGGAUUUACCCAACACCAUUCCUCCUGUAUCGAUAACAAUGAGUGCACCUCCCAGCCGACCUUGUGCGGGGUCAAAGGACAAUGCCAGAACACUCCCGGGAGCUACAACUGUGAGUGCCAAAAUGGGUUCACCCUUGACACCUCUGGAAGCAGUUGCGAAGAUGUGGAUGAGUGCGACGGGAACCACCGGUGUCAGCACGGAUGUCAAAACGUACUCGGCGGAUACCGCUGCGGCUGCCCGCAAGGCUACGUCCAGCACUACCAGUGGAACCAGUGUGUGGAUGAGAACGAAUGCUCCAGCCCUUCGGCCUGCGGUUCUGCCUCUUGCUACAACACCUUGGGGAGCUUCAAAUGCAUCUGCCCCUCUGGCUUUGACUUCGACCAGGCCUUUGGAGGUUGCCAAGAUGUGAACGAGUGCGCGGCCGGAGGCAGCCCCUGCAGUUAUGGCUGUUCCAACACGGAGGGCGGCUACUUGUGCGGCUGUCCAACCGGGUACUUCCGGGCAGGCCAAGGCCACUGCGUCUCCGGGUUAGGAUUCGGAAAGGAGGCCUACCUCCCUGCACCGCCGGAAGAGGAGGAGGAGAACCUGCUUUCACCGGAAGCCUGUUAUGAGUGCAAGAUCAAUGGUUACCCCAAGAGAGGGAGACACCGACGCAGCGUCAACGGAACCGAUGGACACCAGGAGCCGGGUGUCAGCCUGGCCAGCAUAGAUGUCGACACCCCCUUGACAGUCGCCCUGAAUCUUUCUGACCUGGGCCCCAAGGAACACAUCCUGGAGCUCCUGCCUGCCGUGGAACCCCUGGAGAACCACGUCCGCUACAUUAUCGCCCAGGGGAACCAGGCAGGCUACUUCCACAUCCACCAGAAGGAGGGGCUGAGCUACCUGCACUUGGCCCGCAAGCAGGCCACCCCGGGCACCUACCUCCUGGAGAUCAUCAGUGUGCCUCUCUACCGCAAACGGGAACUGCAGAAACUUGAGGCGCUCAAAGAUCUCGACUACCUUGCCGGAGAGCUGGGCCAGGCGCUCAAGAUGAGGUUGCAGCUCCGCCUCUUCUAACCCCGCUCCAAGAGACA